AUGGACAAUUUAUGGCAAUUGGUUCACCAAAAUCCACAAGACUUUAUGAGUUGGACUUUACUUUUGCAAUAUUGUGAACAAACGAAUAAUAUGGACACAAUUAGUCGGGCAUACAAUCAAUUCCUGUCUCACUAUCCCUACUGUUAUGCCUAUUGGAUAAAGUUUGCUGAAUUUGGCCGCAAAUUAUCUAAUGAAAGGACAGCCUUUGAAAUGUUAGAAAAAGCCGUCACUGUAUUCCCCAAUAGUAUUGAUAUUUGGAUUCAUUAUCUUCAAGAGUGCAUUCGCUGCCAUAAGAGUGACAAUCAUAUUAUUGUUUUAUUUGAAAGAGCCCUUCGUUUAUGUGGAAGUGAUUAUAAUUCAAGUGAUUUGUGGUUACUAUAUCUCCAUUGGAUUCAAACUUUCAGAUCAGAUCCAUCUGAAGUCACAUUAAUCUAUGAUCGACUUCUUCAAACACCAAUCAAAAAAUUGUGCCAACAUUUUGAAAACUUUGUGACAUUUGUUGAGAACAACAAUCCAAUUGAUAUAAUCAACAAAAAUGAAUAUCAUUUGAACGAUAAUGAAUACAAUGAUUUUAUAAACAAUAGUAAAACAAAUUGUAUAGAUAUUAUACAGUUUAAGAGAUCAUCUGAAUUGUCAUUUAAUGUAAACCAUUUAAAAGUUAGACUUUCAUAUAUUAUAUAA